ACUUGCCCCUUAUUUGCUUUCUCUGGUGCUAGUUUCUUCAUUUUUCCUUCACUUUCGCCUCCCCUUUACACUCUCUCCUCUUUAUCUCUCUUCCUCUCACAUAGUCACUGGCCAAUCUAGCUAGACAUCAACUUGGAGUUACUUUCACGACGAAAGCUGCGACUCACGACUGUCAUUGCCACUAUGUUUGGUGCAAAUUCAACUUGAUCAAAGAGUAUACGGUGAGGCAUAGAAACUAUUAACUCAAGGACUAUACUGUGUUUAGAAAUAUUCAUAGGAGCCAGUAAAAAGAUGGAUCCUUCCAGUUCAUCUGAAUAUCAGGUAUUUGUUAAUGCUAAUAAGCCCGAGCAAACAGAAACCUUCACUUGCAUGGAUUGUGAUUCCUACAAUGCUGUAGCAAAAGGCAAAAUCGAGGUCUUCAAAGAUAUCACAUAUCAUCAGUCUCUUGACCUCCUAUUAACCCCAAAUAAAAACACAAUCCUCCAUAUUUACAUUACAGCCCUAAAUUCCAAAUCCAAAUCACCAACCCCCAUUGCAGGAUCGGAAUCAACAACAACCAUCAAUGCAGGAUCGGAAUCAACAACCAACUUUGUGGAAAAAAUUCUUGAAAUGUGUCCGCCAUUGUUACAGCAAGCCAAUGUCAAAGGUGAAACUCCAUUGCACAUUGCGGCAAGGUACGGGCAUGAUGACAUAGUGGAUGUUCUAAUCAAUUAUUGUGCCAAACCUCUCCAUCAAGACCUUGAAGGUGGGAUUGAAGCAGUAAAAGAAAUGCUCAAAAUGAUGAACAAAGAAAAAGACACGGCUUUGCACGAGGCUGUACGUUAUAAUCAUCUUAAGGUUGUAAAAUUGUUGAUCGAAAAAGACCCAAAUUUUUCGUAUUCUGCUAAUGAUGCUGGUGAGACUCCACUUUACAUAGCUGCCGAGCGAGGGUUUAAAGAUGUGGUGAUCAAAAUUUUAGACAAAUGCAAAUCACCGAUGCAUGGGGGCCCCCUUGGUAGGACGGCUUUGCAUGCUACCAUAAUAAAUGGUCAUGGUCUCUCAGGUAUAACCAGAAGUAUUUUGGAUAAAAUUGAAGGUAUAAGUAGAAUAGCUGACAAUGACGGUUGGACUUCGCUUCACUUCGCUACAUACUUUCACUGUUAUAACGUAAUAGAGAUGUUGUUGGAUAAAGAUAGAGAUGUAGCAUACAUGAAAGACAAAGAGGGAAGGACAGCUCUUCAUAUUGCAGCUCAUGAGGAUAAUUAUGAUAUAGUGUCUCUCAUUGUAUCAAGGUGUCCAGAUUGUUGCGAACUGGUUGAUAACAGAGGGUGGAAUGUACUCCAUUUUGCUUUCAAAGGAAAGAACUACUUAGAGAGUACCAUCAAGAUUAUAAUAGAAAAUUCGUCUCUCGACAAUCUUUUAAAUGAGAAGAAUGCCGAUGGGGAUACACCUCUUCAUUUCUAUUCCAAUUCUUUGAGGCCAGCAAAGGAUUUUGUUGCUCACUCUCGAGUCGACAAGAAGGCUUUCAACAAAAAAAACCUCAGCGCAUGGGACAUCGCUAAAGCUAAUUCUGGAAUAUUCUCAGAAGUAAAGAAGUCGGAGAUUAAGGAGAAAUCUCCGUAUCCACAACCUCGACGUGUUAUAGCUUACGAAGAUGAUGAUACCACAAAACUAGAGGAGUGGAAGAAGGAGAAGGAGAAGAGGGAGGAAGAGAGGAGAUCAAUGUUGCAGAAAGCAUCCGAAGCCCAUUUGGUAGUGAGUGCACUAAUUACAACCGUGACGUUUGCAGCAUGUAUUACCAUGCCUGGUGGAUUCAUGGGUAGUGGAGAAAGCUCAUCACACCCAGGCUCUGCACUUCUCAGGAAAAAAGUUGCUUUCAUAGCAUUCAUUAUUACAGAUACCAUAUCCAUGGUGUUGUCAAGUUCUGCUGUCUUCAUCCACCUAUUGACGCCAUUUCUUUUCCACAAGUAUUUAAAUGAAGAUCGUCGUGAUAAACUUCUCGAUAUGGCCUACAAGUUCAUUUUGUGGGCUCUGAUAGCAAUGGUGCUGGCAUUUGUCACAGGCACAUAUAUUGUGUUAGUGCCUUCUUUGGGUCUUGCCAUUGCCAAUUGUAUCAUUGGCUUAACCUUCUUCCCUAUCGUCUUUUAUGUGUCUGGGACAAAAUGAUUAAAAUAAAAUAUGUAAAGAGUCAUUUUUAGGCGACUAA